AUGACCAACGACACCGACACAGCAAGCACUUGGACAGACUCGCCAGUCGAAAAGAUUCCAAAUACAACGCCAUCUCUUGAGGGACUUCAAACUCAAGAGCAGCGGCUUGUUUUGGACACUGUCGCGAAAAUUCGAAAAUGUGGUCUUGAGGGUACUGUUUCUCUACCUCAGAUUGUGGUUUGUGGGGAUCAGUCCUCGGGGAAGAGUUCUCUUCUUGAAGCGUUGACUGGAAUUCCGUUUCCAAGAGCUGAUGACCUUUGUACAAGAUAUGCCACAGAAAUCAGUCUCAGGCUCGAGCCGACGGAGUCUAUUAGCAUCAAAAUCAUACCUGAUGAGCGCCGUUCUGCACAGAGCAUUUCUGAUAUUCAAGCGUUCCAGGAGACCAUUACCGACUUUAAUGAAUUGCCUCGGAUCAUGGAAAAAGCAAACACAGUCAUGGGAAUCCGGAAGAAAGGAGACAUCGCUUCUACCACGAACGCAAUUGCACGGGACGUACUGAGCAUCGAAAUCGCCGGCCCUGGACGUCCGCAACUCACCUUAGUAGAUAUUCCAGGCCUCGUAAGAGCGGAGAGUAAGAAUUCAACUCAGCAAGAUAUCGAUAUCAUAUCCGCCAUCACUGAACACUACAUCGCCCAAACUCGCACAAUUUGCCUUCCAGUUAUCGCGGCAUCUUACGAUCACGUACUUCAAGAGAUAUUGAAAAGAGUUAGGAUUCAUGACAAGGAAGGCGAUCGCACACUCGGUGUCAUCACCAAACCAGACAGACUUUCACACGACUCUGGCGCUGAGAACACCUACAUUGACCUUGCAAAAAAUCAACAUGUACUAUUCAAGCUUGGAUGGCAUGUGAUCAGAAACAGAAAUCACGAAGAAAGAAAUGUAUCGUUGACUGAGAGGAGUAUUAACGAGGACACAUUCUUCAGUACAUCAAACUGGAAGCAUCUCCCAAGUGAUACUGUUGGAAUCGACAAUUUGAGAAGACGGCUAAGUGUUUUGCUUUUUGACCAUGUCAAGAAAGAGCUUCCCAGUCUUCGAGAAGAGCUAGAAGAAAAACUGUCUUUGACUCUGAACCAACUCAACCAGCUCGGGAUAUCUCGCUCUACGGGGGCAGAAUGUAAGGAGUACCUAGCCAAACUGUCUCUGCAGUUCUAUGAAUUGUCUAAAGCAGCUGUGGAUGGUCAUUAUGAGCACAGUUACUUCCGGCAAAACCCUGAUCCAGAUUUCAAUCUCUCUUCAUCCUCUACAAUCUGCAGAGCUCGUGCUGUUGUCCAGUCGCUGAACACAAAGUUUUCGGAGGCAAUCGAUAAGUAUGGGAAGAAGUAUGACAUAUCUCUCAAAGACCCCGAGGAAUUUGUGGAUGAGGAAAAUUCUGAUGACGAAGAAGAUGAUGAAGACUAUGAAAAUGAGGACAAAGAUGAAAAGAAGCAAGAAUCUGAUGGAGAGAAAGAAGAGGAAGAAGAGGCUGUCUUUUCCACCUCUUCGCAGCAUGCUUCAACGCCUUCGACACCUGUCGAAGCUCUUGAAGCUACCGAAGUUAUUCACAAACUAACCAAAAAAGAAGGCAUUGAAUGGGUGCGAAAAGCCCUUAUCCGAAACAGAGGCAAAGAACUAAUUGGAAACUUCAAUCCUCUUCUGAUUGGGCAACUCUUCUGGGAUACUUCUGAAAAUUGGUACUCUCUCGCUCUAAAACACAUCAACCAAACAUCCGAAAUAACCACCAGCUUUCUCCGAAACCUCCUCAAAGAAAAGUGUCCAGAAGAUAUCGAGCAGCGAAUCUGGAACUCGCGAAUCCACGAUGUUUUACGGCAAAGAUACAACGCGGCUGUUGAUGAACUCGAUAAAUUGUGGGACGAUCACAAGAACUAUCCCAUCAACUACAAUCAUUACUAUACAGACACGAUCGCCAAACGCCGCCAGGUUAGGGAACAAGCGGCCCUUGAGAAGGCAAUCACGGAUGCUUCGCAACCAAUAACAUGGUCUAAGAAAAUCCAGGGAUUGCCCUCGGCUCCUCAAUCGUCGAAUAACGUCAACAUUCAACAAGCAGUGGCGAAUUAUUCCAAAAUCAUCGAUCCAAAUAUGGACACAUUCAGCUGUGAAGAAGUCCUAGAUUGCGUCGAUGCUAUCUACAAGGUCUCCAAGAAAACAUUCGUCGCCAACGUAACCACGCAAGUAAUUGAACGCCAUCUUCUUCGCGGCCUCGAAAUGAUUUUCUCGCCGAUCUAUGUGAAUAGUCUUGAUGCCGCGCAAGCUGAAGCACUGGCUUCGGAGCCGCUGGCUAGUCGACGCAAGAGGGAGUUCUUGGUAAGUAAGAUCAAGAAGCUGAAGGAGGGACAGGAGAUCUUCAGGGGUGUGAUGUGA